GGGCGCAGCAUGGAGACGGUGCUGCUGGAGCAUUUCCCCGGGGGGCUGGACUCCUUCUCCUCGCCCCCCUACUUCGACGAGGAGGAUUUCUUCACGGACCAGUCCUCCCGCGACCCCCUGGAAGCGGACGAGUUCCUGGAGCAGGACGUGGACUUCCUGAGCCACCAGCUGCAGGAGUAUUACCGGGACGGGGGGCAGGGCGAGGGUGGCUACUGCUGCGAGGCGGCGGCCGCCGCGGCCAACUUCUCUUCCUCCUCCUCCCCCUCCUCGCCCAGCUUCCCCUACGAGUGCUGCGGGGCGGCCGCCGCCGAGCUGCUGUCCCCGGGGGGCAGGCUCAAGGCGCUGAGCUCCGCCAAGCGGCGCCGGCGGGUGCGCUCCGAGGCCGAGCUGCAGCAGCUGAGGCAGGCGGCCAACGUGCGGGAGCGCCGGAGGAUGCAGUCCAUCAACGACGCCUUCGAGGGGCUGAGGUCCCACAUCCCCACGCUGCCCUACGAGAAGCGGCUCUCCAAGGUGGACACCCUGCGCCUGGCCAUUGGCUACAUCAACUUCCUGAGCGAGCUGGUGCAGUCGGACCUGCCCCUGCGGAGCGCCAGCAGCGAGAGCCCCAGCCAGCCCAAGAAAGUCAUCAUCUGCCACCGGGGCACAAGAUCACCUUCUCCAAGCGACCCUGAUUAUGGACUGCCUCCUCUUGCUGGACACUCUCUGUCAUGGACUGAUGAGAAGCAACUUAAGGAACAAAACAUUAUUAGAACAGCUAAAGUGUGGACCCCUGAAGACCCCAGAAAACUAAACAACAAAUCUUCUCUAAACAACAUAGAAAAUGAACCUCCAUUUGAUUUUGUAUCAUGAAUCGUGAAUAUUUUGACUGUAAAUGCAAACAUGACACCAGUGUAUAUUUGUAUGUAAAAACCUAUAUUUUAAACGUAAUUUAAAACU